GUGGUUUUUAUCUGAAGGCAAAAGUCCAUCACCUCUUUUUUUCUUUUAUUUCAAUUGUCGCUAACUAUGGUCAAAGUUACAGUCUGUGGUGCCUCUGGAGGCAUUGGCCAACCCCUUUCACUCCUAUUAAAACAGUCUAAUCUCAUUUCACAACUCGCGCUCUAUGAUAUUGUGAAUACUCAUGGCGUAGCAGCUGAUUUAAGUCAUAUCGAUACCCACAGUAAAGUUACUGGUCAUGUCGGACCAAAAGAGUUAGAAGAAGCUAUCAAGGGUGCAGAUGUGGUGGUUAUUCCUGCCGGUAUACCUCGCAAGCCUGGCAUGUCAAGAGAUGAUCUUUUCAAGAUCAAUGCUAACAUUGUGCGUGAACUCGCGGUCGCAGCUGCCAACUAUGCUCCACACGCCUUGAUGUGUAUCAUUUCGAAUCCUGUCAACUCCAUGGUUCCUGUUGUCUCUGAAGUCUUUAAAAAAUACAAUGUCUAUGAUCCGCGACGCAUUUUUGGUGUUACCACACUUGAUCUCGUCCGUUCUUCCACGUUUUUAGCUGAACUUUUCAAUAAGGAUCCUCGCCAAGUGAAUGUGCCUGUCAUCGGCGGCCAUAGUGGUGUUACUAUUAUUCCACUUUUAUCACAAGCGACGAAUGUGUCCUUUGGCGAUCUAAGCGAAGAACAAGUGCAACAAUUAACCAAACGUAUUCAAUUUGCUGGUGACGAAGUAGUCAAGGCUAAAAAUGGUAGCGGCAGUGCCACGUUAUCGAUGGCUUAUGCAGGUGCACGUUUCACAUUGAAUGUGAUAGAAGCGGUCUUUGGCGGUGUGUCACGUACAGAAUGUGCCUAUGUGAACUUACAGGCGGAUCCCAAUGGAGGUGCUCAAAACGUUUGGCGAAUUGCAGGCGAUAAAGAGAUAGACUAUUUCUCAGUGCCGGUUGAGUUUGGCAAGAACGGCAUACAGCGCAUUUUACCGAUUGGCAAAAUCUCGAAAUAUGAAUAUAAGUUGUUGAAAGAGGCUGUUGCUGAAUUAAAGAGCAAUAUUGUUAAAGGUACCAGCUUCAUCACGGAUGAUUCAAAGCUUUAGAUAGACUGGAUAGUAGAUUUGUAAGAUAUAGAAAUCGCUAGGCAUUUAAGAGAUAAAAGAAUCUAUUCCUUCUUGUACAUAAUAUCCAUUGCCCAUCACUAGUAAAACAGUAUUAAAACCAUGCAUAU